AGUUUCCAAAUUUUUUAAUGGUGUUCAUAUAUUCAAUGAAUAUUUUAAACAUCUAUUAUCACCAUGGUGCUGUGGUCCUGAAGGGUGCCCCAGGAUAUAUAUCUCCUGUUUUUAAUGGAUUAGCAAACUGCAACUUCCAUCAAGACACCAAAUUGGAAGAUUUAUAUAGUGGCCCAAGCUGAACCUUAGAACUCAUUCUAGAUUCGUCUGUCUCUUCCAACUGGGAGUGGCUACAUAUAAUCAAUCAGCAAGUCUGAAAAUUGUGUAAGAGAAAUUGGAGAAGAUAAAACUGGACACUGGGGAGACUACAACCUCAUGCUGCGUGGCAUCUCCCAGCUACCUGCGGUAGCCACCAUGUCUUGGGUCCUGCUGCCUGUACUUUGGCUCAUUGUUCAAACUCAAGCAAUAGCCAUAAAGCAAACAACUGAAUUAACGCUCCAUGAAAUAGUUUGUCCUAAAAAACUUCACAUUUUACGCAAAAGAGAGAUCGAGAACAACCAGACAGAAAAGCAUGGCAAAGAGGAAAGGUAUGAACCUGAAGUUCAAUAUCAGAUGAUCUUAAAUGGAGAAGAAAUCAUUCUCUCCCUACAAAAAACCAAGCAUCUCCUCGGGCCAGACUACACUGAAACAUUGUACUCACCCAGAGGAGAGGAAAUUACCAUGAAACCUGAGAACAUGGAACACUGUUACUAUAAAGGAAACAUCCUGAAUGAAAAGAAUUCUGUUGCCAGCAUUAGUACUUGCGAUGGGUUGAGAGGAUACUUCACACAUCAUCACCAAAGAUACCUGAUAAAACCUCUGAAAAGCACAGACGAGAAAGAACAUGCUGUCUUUACAUCUAACCAGGAGGAACAAGACCCAGCUAACCACACAUGUGGUGUGAGGAGCACUGACGGGAAACAAGGCCUAAUUCGAAUCUCUAGAUCACUCAAAAGCCCAGAGAAAGAAGACUUUCUUCGGGCACAGAAAUACAUUGAUCUCUAUUUGGUGCUGGAUAAUGCCUUUUAUAAGAACUAUAAUGAGAAUCUAACUCUGAUAAGAAGCUUUGUGUUUGAUGUGAUGAACCUACUCAAUGUGAUUUAUAACACCAUAGAUGUUCGAGUGGCCUUGGUAGGUAUGGAAAUCUGGUCUGAUGGGGAUAAGAUAAAGGUGGUGCCCAGCGCAAGCACCACGUUUGACAACUUCCUGAGAUGGCACAGUUCCAACCUGGGGAAAAAGAUCCACGACCAUGCUCAGCUUCUCAGCGGGAUUAGCUUCAACAAUCGACGUGUGGGACUGGCAGCUUCAAAUUCCUUGUGUUCCCCAUCUUCGGUUGCUGUUAUUGAGGCUAAAAAAAAGAAUAAUGUGGCUCUUGUAGGAGUGAUGUCACAUGAGCUGGGCCAUGUCCUUGGUAUGCCUGAUGUCCCAUUCAACACCAAGUGUCCCUCUGGCAGUUGUGUGAUGAAUCAGUAUCUGAGUUCAAAAUUCCCGAAGGAUUUCAGUACAUCUUGCCGCACACAUUUUGAAAGAUACCUUUUAUCUCAGAAACCAAAGUGCCUGCUGCGAGCACCUAUUCCUACAAAUAUAAUGACAACACCAGUGUGUGGGAACCACCUUCUGGAAGUGGGAGAAGACUGUGACUGUGGCUCUCCUAAGGAAUGUACCAGUCUCUGCUGCGAAGCCCUAACGUGUAAACUGAAGCCUGGAACUGAUUGUGGAGGAGACGCUCCAAACCAUACCACAGAGUGAAUCCAAAAGUCUGCUUCACUGAGACGCUACCUUGCCAGGACAAGAACCAAGAACUCUAACUGUUCCAGGAGUCUUGUGAAUUUUCACGCAUAAUGGUCUUUCACUUGUCAUUCUACUUUCUAUAUUGUUAUCAGUCCAGGAAACAGGUAAACAGAUGUACUUAGAGACACUGACUGUUUGUUUAGGCCUAAUCUUUCAUGGUUUUUUGUUUUUUUUAAAGAUCAUGAAUUUGUGACUUAUUUCUGCCCUUUGGAGAACAAAACAAAGUAGUUUUCCAUCAAAGCACCUUAAAAUGCACUGCUGAACUAUUCAGAGUUAACACUCCAGAAUUGUUAAAUUACAAGUAUUAUGCUUUAACGCUUCUUUCAUCUUACUAGUAUGGCCUAUAAAAAAAUAAUACCGCUUGAUAGGUGAAGGCUUUGGCAAUAGAAAGAAGAACAGAAUUCAGGUUUUAUGUUAUUCCUCUGUGUUCACUUUGCCUUGCUCUUGAAAGAGCAGUAUUUUUCUAUAUCAUGUCAAGAAUGAUUAAAUGUAAAUAUUUUUCAUUCUAUCACGUAUAUCCUAUGCACACAUCUCCUUCAUCAUCAUAUAUGAAGUUUAUUUUGAGGAGUCUACAUUGCUUACAUUUUAAUUGAACCAGCAAAGAAGGCUUAAUGAUUUAAUGAACCAUAAUGUCAAUAAAAACACAACUUUUGACGC